GAACAUUUUAUGGUUCAGUGCGGUACAACAACUACUUUCUCGGGGCGUCGGCCAGUCUGAGUGAGCGGGAGUACGCAGUUGCUUUGAAAGGUUCUUCAGUAUUUCGAACACCUGCUGUCGCCUGUGUCCACGAUUGCAAGAAUGUCUGACAAGUGUGUCUUGAGUAGCUCCUGCUGUGGCUGCAGUCUGCGUAGCGGCUCCCUCGCUAUAGGCAUCAUCUCCUUGGUGUUCGGUAUUAUCAAUUCCAUCUAUUCCAUCUAUGAAGUUGCCAAUGGUAUUAAGCAAGGAUGGGUACAGCUUAUCAUCAACAUCCUCUCUGUCAUCAUGGCGAUUAUUCUCAUCAUUGGUGUCAGGAAGGAAAGACGCAGCUAUGUGAUGGGAUGGGUGUGGGUGACGGCUAUCGUCAUUGCUAUCAACAUUAUCUUGGGGAUACUCGCUAUAAUCCUCUCACUGAACAUCGUUUUAGGCAUCAUAUAUUUCAUCGUGAUGGGUGUGGCAGUGUACUGUUUGCUGGUGGUCCGCUCAUUUGCUCUCUCGCUGGGCUCAUCACCCACCAUGGCCUAGUUCCUCAUGUAUGAUCUCCAAGCAUCGCCACGAGACGAAGGAUUUUCAUACCCGUGUCAUAGCAAGUUGAAAUAUGUCAAGAAAGAAAGUGGCGUGGGCUUGAUCCUCCGUCCUCUGGAAGCCAGACACACGCACGCUGCCUCCUUCUGGCCGCCUAAAUGAUGCAGUAUGUUACACGGUUUGAAUUACUUAAUAUAGGAAGAAUGUAGGAUGGAAUUAUCCUGAUGUUCAGUAACGAGGAUUGUACUGUAAUUCAUUAAAUGGUAACCCCACCCCCCUCCCAUGGGCCAUUCAGGGCCAUAGCUGGUGAAGGCUCGAUCCUUCACCCGCUAUUCUGGCCGGUCAGGCUGUUAGUGCUGGCUUUCAGUCAAGAUGCAACAAAUUUAAGUUAACAGGAGAGACUAUUGCCAUUGUAUGUAGUGAAGCAAAUCCAUCCAUGACUUUCUACUUUCACCAGAUAUAAUGAAGAUUAAACCAAAUAUAUUGAACAUUAAACCAGAUAUAUUCAAGAUUAAACUAGAUAUAUUGAAGAUUAAACCAGAUAUAUUGAAUAUUAAACUAGAUAUAUUGAAGAUUAAACCAGAUAUAUUGAAGAUUAAACCAGAUAUAUUGAACAUUAAACCAGAUAUAUUGAACAUUAAACCAGAUAUAUUGAAGAUUAAACCAGAUAUAUAGAAGAUUAAACCAGAUAUAUUGAAGAUUAAGCUACAUAUAUAUUGAAGAUUAAACCAGAUAUAUUGAAGAUUAAACCAGAUAUAUUGAACAUUAAACCAGAUAUAUUGAACAUUAAACCAGAUAUAUUGAAGAUUAAACCAGAUAUAUAGAAGAUUAAACCAGAUAUAUUGAAGAUUAAACUAGAUAUAUUGAAGAUUAAACUAGAUAUAUUGAAGAUUAAACCAGAUAUAUUAAACAUUAAACCAGAUAUAUUAAAGAUUAAACCAGAUAUAUUGAAGAUUACGCUUAUUACUGAGGAUUUUUUUUAGUUUUGGAUCAAAAUCUUUGAUACAUGAAGAUGGAAGUACAAUAACGUAGCUGGAACUAAUAACAAUUAACCUACAAUUUCAAAGAAGAAACUAGACUACGUUUCGGUCGGUCCUUGACCAUUGAUUCCUUAACAAUGGCCAAAUAUGAACCGAAAGGUCGUUCACUUUCGAAUUUCCGAUACCCGGGUUAAUUGUGAAAUAUUCAAUACACUCAUAGUUAAUUUUGUAAUAAAUUAUAAGAUUCACAGUAUUUUAGGGACUGGAUUAAAUUAUCAUAAGAAUUAUUUUUUUCGCAGAAACUCAUGAAGACUCUUGAACAAAAGUCUCGUAAAUUUUUGAUACGCUAAAUUAUAGCCUUUUUUUUUUAUCAAAACUGACCCAACAACCUUAUAUUACCUUGGUAAAAUUUACAUACUCUUAAUUAUUUUAAUUUAGCGGAUCUGUUUAUGACUCUACAUAUUUCUUUAGCUGCUUGUCUUCGGAGGUUUUAGAAAAUUCAGUAACGGGUGAAUUUAUUUUGAUAACUUUUCACUAACACUGCCAUUUACGAGAGUAUAAACAGUCUCCAGCAAUGGUAUACACAGCAAGAGGUGUGUGUACCACUGCUGGAGUAUGUAUCCUGAGAUGUGUAUCUCCAGAGGUAUACAUAUUGUGUGGUGUGUAUCUCGGCACAGGAAGUCCUCGCUUAACGUCGUUGAUAGGUUUUUUGGAAAUUGCAUCUUUUAGCCAAAAUAUACUGAACGAAACGACGUUAAGUGAGGACUUCCUGUACAUAUACAUAGUGAGGUGCAUAUCUCUUAGCCCGAGUUUACUUUAAUCUUCGUUUUUAGGAUUAAAACGUAUCCUUUGCUGGGGAUAUAAAGGUUAUCUACAGCCUUAAUGACCAGUAUGUGUUUUGACGACUGGUUCAAGGAAGGCCAAUAUUCUUAAUGGUCAAAUGUAUUCUUGCAACACCUUGAGAUUCACCCUCAUCUCCCAUAAAAACAGUGAAAUAAAUAUGAUUUCUAUAUGUAUUUUAUUCUGUUUUACACCAAAGCAUAAUAUGACCUAAACUUGAAAAAUAUGUGUUAUAUUAAAUGUUUAAUUUACAUAACCUACGUUUCACUGUACUCUUGGGGAAAAAGAGGUCAAUCCUUAGGUGAAUUGUAUCAGAUGUUUAACAGUAAUUUGGAUUUUAUUAUUUUUAUAAAUGUUUAUACUGACGGUUUUAUAUUUCAGUGUGUUUAGUACAAUAAGUUUAUGUUGUGAGCAUUCAUAUAGGAUCUAUACACCGAAAACUGUGUGUUUAUCAUUGUAUAUACACGGAGAUUUUUCCAUAAUUUCUGUUUUAAAGACUAAGGUGGUGAACAUCUCAUAUGCAGUCUUAGUGACUCCUUGAGUAGUCGAAAGACUUUAAGUCCAAUUAACCAAGUACCUUGGUUCUUGUCUGAGUUCCCUAUUACUAAGACAUACCAGAUAUAUUUUUCAAUUCUGGUUAAGAUGCUUGAUUUGUGUUAUAGUAUUAUGCAUGAUGUACUUCUGGAAAAGCAGUUUUCCUGACUCCAAACUAUCACGAAGUUAAAUUGCCAUUGUAUAAGAAUUCCUCUGUGCAAGAGUUCUUUAUUUUGUCCACCGGGAAACACCCGGGGAAUUAUAGUUAUUUCAAGAAAGCUGGAAGUAGCUGGUCAGUGCAACACCACCACCAACACUUCUUCUAAACAAGCCAAAGGAUGAGAGUUACUGUGUGCCAUCUGUUUACUGUUACUGUUCGUUUUAAGGACAUAACGGUAACAGGUAAUGUAAUGUUUUGAUGAGUGAGCUUCAAUGUGGCAAAAUUUAAUUUUUACAGUAUUUUAUUAUAAUUGAUAAGACUGAGAUUGUCUUUAUUAGGUUAAAAACCUCUCCUGAUGUUAUCAUAUUUUAAUAUUAGUUCUAUAAUGUUCAGAUAUAGUGAAUGAUGAUUUUUAUUACUAAUAAAUGUAUCAUAAGAUUCAAAGAAUCUUUGUGGGCAAUUGGGAAUAUUUUGUUUUAAACUUGAUUGAUAUACCUUCUCUUCUUAAGACUUAUAAUAUCAAAGUUGUAUUUAAAAAUCUUGAUACAGUAAAAAGCUUUUGAUAAAAAAUUCCCCUCAAAAUACUGACGGGUGUGUCUAUAAGAUUUCUUGUAAAAUUUGCGAUAAAGUUUAUUACGGUCAAACUGGUAAAAAUCUCGAACUAAGAUUAAAACAACAUAAAUAUAGCAUUAGAACUGGACAAGAUUCUAAUGCUCUGUUUAUUUCGUGUAAGAGAUUUUAACCAUCCAAUUGAUUUUCAAAAAGCUGAGAAAGUAGUAUCAAGCAAGUCCAUGGUCGACAGGAAUAUAAUUGAAUCAUGUUUCAUAAAAAGUAGUUUUGACAAUAAUAUGAAUAUUUCUUUUGGGUUAUGUAAAUUAGAUUCAUUUAUAAUUAACAAAAUCUGGUAAGAAUUUAGUGAUACAUUUGACAAGUAUAAAAUCUUAAUGCUUAGGUAGAGUAUCAGUUGUGUUUCACAGAGUCAGGUGUUGUGACGUGACUGUGAGGUGUAGUCUUGCCCUUAUAUGCCUUACCGUUGUAAUUUUAUUUUUAUAGUUCCUUGAUAAUAUGAGAAGUCACGAAAGCGCUUGGAAUAAUUAGCAACACUC